GUAUAGGAGGUGGGAUGUCUGUUAAAUACCGCCCCAACUAUAGACCAUCUAUCAUUCGUUGUGUGCUUCUCCAUUAGAGCAAUUGACAGCCGAUCAACAUGAAGUUCAAGUGUCUUUCAUCAAUUAUUGUGCUUAUUGCUGCAGUUUUGGCUGAGAGUCGAGCUUGGUCGCAGGAUACUUCGGCCGAGACAGCAUCGGACAUCCUGUUUCAAGCAUACAACGAAUGUCUGCAAGAUGCGUCGUUCUCGUGUCUGCGCCCCAAGAUCGCCUCUUUCCUGCACAAGGCUCUUGCUCAGGGCAAGAUCAGGAUCACACGAGACCUGGCCAUCGUUCGCCGCGAGGGAGCUCCUCAAACAUUCACUGCCAAACAGGAUGAGAUUGCGGGAGACUCGAACAGUAUGAGAAUGUUGGAGGACGUGGAGGAGUUUGUGAGCACUCACGAUCUGCGCAUGCGCUUGCCUAGAGAAUUGGUGGGAGCUCAGCUGAGCAGCUUUGUGCCGGAGUUCCUCACAAACAGCAUCCCUGAGCAACUGACAAUGCCCCUCGCUCCUGCUGCCCCAGUUGCUCAAGAGAGAGGUUUCAUGAAAAAAGUAGUUCUGCCCUUCCUGAUUGGUCUGAAGUUCAAGGCAACCGCUCUGCUACCACUGGCCCUCGCCCUGAUUGCGCUGAAGACAUGGAAGGCGCUCACCCUCGGCCUGCUGUCCAUUGUGCUGUCGGGCGCCAUGGUCAUCUUCAAGUUCGCCAAACCCAAGAUUCACAACUUCCACGAGAUCAUCCACUACGCACACACGCCCAUCCACCACCCAGUCGUCGAACAUGCAAACUACGAGCACUUCCACGGCCAUGCCAAUGCCAGGUCGGCCGAUCUUGCCUACAGGGGGUAUGCGCCACAGGAAGAAUAAAUCUACUUCUCACAACUUUGACUGCUGACUGGGUUUAGACUACAUCGUAGUCUAAGAGAAUUUCUUUGGGUGUGAUCACAUUGACUGAGUUUGGGCUGCAUCUUACAACUUUGACAGCUGACUGAGUUCAGACGGGUUGAUAGAAUUGGCUAUAGUGAGGUCCACGUUAUAAUGGCAGUGGAUAAAUAUAGAAGAGCAGCGUUGCUUGUUCUCUGCCUUAAUUAAUAUUUCCAUAUUGUCAAAAACAUAUUUGUCAUCUUUAUGCAGCUAAAAAAGGAUAGAACCACCUAUUUUGUGGAAUGAUAGACAAGGAUAGCAACAUCAAAGUUGAUCAAAUACUGCCAUUAUAACGUGGACCGCACUAUAACUCGGAAUUCGCUGACUCGCCAUAUGAAUCAAUAUCAUGUGAUCAGAGCAGUUUUUAUUCAUAAGGCAGUUUAACAUGGAGUCAGCGAAUUUCGAGUUAGCCAAUUUUAUAAACCCGUUUAGACUACUAGGCUAUAUCCGUAGUUUACGAGAAUUCUUUAGGGUGUGAUCACAUUGAUCAUAUGUGGAAGUACAAGCUUGCAUGACCGAGCGUGCAGAUGAGAAACAAAAUCUGGGAAAAGUAAUGGGAACACUCACACUGAAAACUGCUAGUUGCGUUCAGUGUGAGCAGCUACAUGUAAGUCACAACGUGUUCCAAUGGCACUUUUCAAAUUUUGUUUUUCAGCUCAUGCAUGAUUCGAUGUGCACUUGCAAAUAUCCGCAUUCAAUGUGAUCACAUCCUUAUGCUGUCACUACAUCUCACAACUUUGAUUGAUGACUGAGUUUGAGCUACAUCCCACAAUUCUGACUGCUACCUGACUUGAUUUCAUUUGUACGUCAUGUGCAAUAAUUCUUUUACCUACUACGAAUUACUGUAAAUCAUGACAAUAAUUCAGAUAAAUCUAUUUUAAAUUCAAAUUCUACUAACACAAAUCUUCUUCCCUAUCGAACUUGACAGAAACAGGUGAUAUUAAACGCCCCUAACUAUCCCCACGGGUUUUUCUAUUCUAUUCUAAUUUGCGCUCUGCUCUGUCUUCUAUAUAUUUUUAUUUCCCUAUAUCUCUUUCAAACUCCUAUUUAUAUAAUCUUAACUACGAUUGAUUAUAUAUUUUGACAAAUACUCUUUGUCUUUUCCAAACUUAUUUUGACAAAUACUCUUUGUCUCUUCCAAACUUAUUUCCACUAUCUUCAGUUCUGUACCUAACAUUUCAAUUCAUGUAAUUUUUCACCACUCUCUUCAACUGUCUAUUUAUUCAACUUUUUUAUAGUUAUUUUAAUGGAGGUUCAAUAACUUGAAAAUAUGAAUGUGUGAAAUCAAUAAAUAAGUGUUUUAUCAAUUACUUCAGCCCUGCUUUUCUAAGAAUUUACGCUCUGCUAUUCAGAAAAAGUAUA